ACUCUUCCCGAGUCGUAGACAAGUUAGUCUACUGUGUAGUAGUGCUAACCAGGCAUCAUCGACUUCUUAGACAAGACGUCAUCGCCGGCGGCUGCCUGGGGACAGGACAGGCAUGGUAUAACCGGCCUGCAUACGGCGGAGAUGCGCGCGCGCCGCGGCUGAUGUAUGCAGACGCUGAUUGGCAUCCCCACUCGGAGCAGGUUGCAACGGUAUCUACGACGCCCUAGGGCAUGUACAUACGUACGACAUGUGAGAUCUCGAGAUGUGUUGAAUUGUCCGUCUCCUAGUCAACUGAGGGUUGGCUUGGCAGGAGAUGGUAGGCAGGUUGUGAAGUCGGAAUUGUUGCCUAGUAUUCUCCCUCCAUUACUCCUUCUAGACCCCGAUCUUGGAAAUGCCAACUUCGGAUGGAAAAUGGAAAUGGACACAAGUGAUUUUUUUUUCCGCUUUGCAGGUAAUUGGCUUUUAGGUUUCACAUGGGCCGGUUGGUCCCGUGCAUUACUAAUUAGAAUGAGGAAUUCCAAUAGUAGUCUUGGUCUAGUCUAGUUAUCUUUUAUGCUCCGCCCGGAAUAUACGACGCACCUCCCCGGAGAUAAUACAACCCCGACGACGAAUAUACCAUCCCUGUUGCAGCGAGAAUAAUCUCCUUAAAAUCUGACGGGACCGGAUUCAAUUUAAU